UAUUUAAAAUCUGGUUUGCCUAUUUUAUGAUUUGUUUAGAAUAUAAUAGGUAUUUAAAAUCCAGCUGUACAGUCGGAUGUAGUUUUACCAAUUUUUUAUUGCGUAAGAUUGCCUUAUAAUCAAAGCCUGAUGAAAAGGAGUAAGUAACUUGUUUGCAAAUUUAUAUCAAAAUAUCGGGUUACGUCGCAAUAAUAUAGUACGCUUCCCGAGAGACAGGCGUGUAAGUACUGCGAUUCCUGAAUUUGUGACUUUUAAUUAUUGUGCCUUUUGGAACAGAUUUACUGUAAUACGCAAUUCAAGAAGUAAAUUCAUGAUAUUAUUCAAGAUAAUUCAUAAAUCUAUGCGUAUAUCGUGAUUAUGAAAAAUGGUGAUUGUUUGUUGAAACAACUGUCUAAUCCUGUAGUGCAAAUGAAUUGAGAUUUAUAUUGCAUUUUAAAGAGUUAUUAAGUUCAAAUACAUCAAUUCAUUAUGAACGAAGAAGUCGAAUCAAAUGUUGUCCCUGAGUUACCAGCUGUGAUUGGAGCAUUAUUCGAUGCUUUAGAUGAUAAAGAUGAAAAUGUUAAACAAGAAAUAAUACAAUCUAUCAAAAGGAUUGCAAAGCAAAAUCCUGUAUCUGUUAUUAAUACUGCAGUAUAUUUUCGUGAGCUCCAUCGCAAGAUAUCUUCCGAACAUGUGAUUUCCAUGAUGAAAAUAUUGGUUGAGACUUGUAGAGAUCAGUCGUUUUCUCUGCAAGAAGAUCUGGCAUCAUCUGUAGCAAAUUUGGCUAUCGACGAAUUAAUUGGUGAUGCUAAUAAAGAAGCUUGUGAACUAUUAGUUGCACUUAGUAGAUUUCACAAUGCUCAAACCAUUGGUAUUUUAUUAUCCAAGUUUGAUCCAGGAACCCUGCCACAUUAUGCAAUUGUUGAAGCAAUGGGAAAGUUAGCAAUGGGCAACACUUUUGGUACAGUGCCGUUUAUUAAACUUGCAAUGAGCAUUAUGAUACCAAUGAUGUACCAAGUUCGUGACGAUCGUCUAAAGCAAGCGUUCUGUUAUGCUUUUGGCAGAUUUGCGGAGGCAAUUAAUGAUUAUUUAAACAACAUAAAUGAAGCUCCUGAUCCUGGAAUUACAAAUGAUUCUUUCAAUUCUGAAAUAUCUUCAGUUUAUGAUGUUUUAACGCAUAAUUGGAUACGGUCUAGUCGAGACGGAAAUGUGAUUGAAAGUGUGUUGACGUCGAUUGGACCCAUGUUACCGCUUUUGCCCAAAGAAGCUGAGAAACGACAAACUGUGAAACUAAUACCGAUGCUAUUGACCAUUUGUAAAAGAUCUCAUGUUCGUUUGGCUGCUACAAGAGUCUUAGCUAUGUUGCUGAACAAUAUUAUUGAAGAAGAAAAAGAGGUCAUUAAACAAUUCUUGGAAUCGUUACACCACACUUUAUCAGAGUUCGUCAGCGUUAAUCCUUUUGAUGUAUCUCGCGAAGCACUUUUAACACAUUACGAGACAUUACAGUGUUUCCGUGCAAUUGUUAUUUCCUACCCUGAUGAAGGACUCGAUCGAAUUUUACAACAGAUAAAAUCACCGGCUGUUAUACACCGCUCUCGUGCAUUGGUAGUGCUGAGACAUCUUAUAAAUACACUUCCACCACAGAAUGAUGCAGUACUACAGAGAAUAGCAUUAACUCUUCAAGAAUCUCUUGGAGAAGCUAGCGCAAGACAAAUGGUUGGAGCUAUUGUUGCUCUUGCCGCAAGAACCAGUUUGCCUCUUUUAUCCUCCCAACGAGCAACCUUUAUCCGAUUCUUGGUAGCUCAUUGUGGUUCUAAAUCCAUUGAAGCAGAAGCCUGCGAAGAGGCUUUGCAUUUAUUGGCAACUACUGUGGAAGGUGUUGAGGACUGGUUAUGGCCACUGUUGCUGAGUGCACUUCUAGAUCCGAAUUAUUCCACAUCGGCAAUUUCAGUGGUGCGUGCUCUUUCGCCAUUGGCUACAAAAUUGAUAAGAAAACGAGAAACAACUGAAAUAGAGAAUAAUUUCCCACGUGCCAAAGUCAUGGUUCGAUGCUUUGAGUUAUUAGGCGAAGAAAAGAAUCGCAUUUCUGUAGUUGCAUUGUUACGAUGCGCGGCUCCUCUUCUGGGUACUCAAUUAAAAGAGCUUUGGGACAAACGUCUUCUAGAAGUUACCAAUCUCUUGGAAGCCGAACAAGAUAACAAUUCUCUAAAUGUCCCACAAAGUAGGGCACUGAUGUGGGAGGAAAGGAUCGUCGAAUUGCUAGAAGAAAGCGUCAUACAAGAAGGAGAAACAUGGGCUCACGACGUUGCAGACGAGUUAGCAUUAAAAGCAAGUGCACCUGGAAUGGCACCACUUCUAGGUGCUGUUUCAAGUAAUGCUACUCACUUUACACUUCUUAUCGAGCUUGCACGUACACACAGUACAAACGGCGAGUUUGCACGAGCUGUAGCAAUAGCAGCUAAACGUCAUUUGAGCGUCAUAUUAAAAUUGAUGGAAGAUUCCUGUUUUAUGGAGGAUCAUAGAAAAAUACCAGUCAAAUUGUUGGGAUUAGUCAAAGAUACUAAAGCAGCUGCAACCGCUGAGGCAGCUAAGGCUGGUCUCAUGAGAUGUUACGCCGAAAUGGCCCACAGGACUAGUGCGGUUGAAUUCUUUCCUGCCAUAGAGAAACAUAUUCUACCCUGGACUGUACGACAACUGACUGAAUGUAAAGAAUUAACCACGAAGGAGAGUGGUUUGCUGGCUUUGGAGCAGAUUGGAGGGGCUGUGCAUCCUAACAGAUUAGCUGGGUCAACUGGAUUACGAGCAAGAGGUCCAACCCUUACAACACUUUUGAGUCUAUUACAAGGGCAUUCAGGACAUAGACCAUUACAACUAUAUCCAUUAAUCCUGCGGGCCACAGUUUCUCUAUCACGAAUUCCACCUGCAUUGAGUUCCGACGAGAGGGCUAUUCUACUCGGCACUGUAGUGGACAAAGUGAUAGCGGCCAGUGCAGAGAUUGGUUUGUUGAUGUUGCCAGACGUUAUGCAACAAGUGGUAGAUGGUUUGGGUAUGGUUUGCAGUGAGGUUGUUGCUGACUCUGCAGAUGCGUUGGCGGAACUUGUGGAGAUAGUAAUGCCUUGGAUGCAAUCUAAAUCGUCGACAGAACGUAGAACGACCUUAUUAACAUUACGAUCUACUCUAAGAUCGUACCACGAUUCAUUGAAGUACACUUACCCCAGUGGCAAACUAGAACCUGGCAAACUCUUAGGGAGAAUACUUGCAUGGUGUGCCGAUCCAGAAUCUACAUUAAGACCAAUAGUUGUUGAUUGUGUAGCGUUGUCGUUAAGUAUCGGAGCGAGGCAUCGGUCUACAUUGCCAGAUAAUAAUUUGGAUCACGAUUUAAGCGAGUCGAAGAGAAUCAUUGUCAGUGAGGAUUCAAGUGCUCUUUAUAAAGGGAUUAAGAACUUGGCCAUGGCAGUAAGUGAAAGGGUGGCUAGUGGAGAAGUCGUUGGUUUGGCGGAAGGUUUAAUAGAAAGUCUGCUAUGUCGUGGGGAAGGAGGGUUGGCUGCCGGAAUUGCUCUGACUCAACAUUUCAAUACGAGAGGUGCCGACAUUCCACGGGCAGACGUAUACUUGAUUGAUAAUAUUGUCGCGCAAAUGCGACAUAUGGAGAAUACCAGCUGUAGACGUGGAGCUGCCACUGCUGUCAGAUCAUUAAUGAAACAUCAUCCACAGGAAGUGAUCGAACAGUUAAUACGGCAACCUUUACCAUUAGAUCGGGGAACUGAAGAAUGCUGGAAGGAACUCGGAAAUGAUCAAGAGUCAGGACUGCAAGCUCUAGAGCUAUUAUUGUCUCGAAUGGAAAACAGUAAUCUCUAUGCAGACGUUCCACCCGGUACGCAUACUGGAAAACAUAACACUGUGACCUUUUCAUCAUUGGCGGCAGUCGUAGCUACUGGGCACCUUUUGCAAUGUCCCAAUUCUGAGGUUUUAAUAGAGAAGAAGUUGUCAGAAUUACUGUCAAUUCUCCUGACAUAUCUAGCAGGUUGGCUGCAUGCUGAAACUCCAACGCUUUCUUCUGUCACAAAAUUUGGUUUUAUACCCAAUCGAGAAUCUUGCAAAAUAAAUCCACACCGAGAAGUCUACUGUAUACUUACAAAUAUCUUAACCGUUGUGGAUUCAGACUUAGCCUCAAGUCUACCAAAUGAAUCGAUAUUCGAGUCGAACUCUGAAGCUGAAGAAAGUUUAGUAAUGACUGUACGUGCAGCAGUGCGAUGCUUGGGAAAUAGGAGUGAAGUAUUAUCAAAUUUGGCACAUUCCGUGGGAAAAUUAUCAGCAAGCACACUUCCUGCACAAAGAGCAGUUUCUGCUGCAUUUUAUGCAGAACUGAUCGGCAGAGUGGACUGCGGCGCCAUUUGGUUGGAUGCAAUAGUGAACACUUUACAUGAAGCAAAGUCUGAUUCGUCACCAUUAGUGCGAAAAUUAGCGACCAUUGGAUUGAGCAGAAUAUCUUGUCUACAACCGGAACAAAUAGACGAAUACUUCGAGAACUGUGUAGCUGCUCUUUUAGAUGGCUUAGAAGAGCCAGCAAACGGAGAAGGAGGAAGCGAAGUUGCUCUCGAAUCGUUGCGCGGGCUUGCAGGUUUGUUAUCACUUCAGCGAGAAAUUCCAGUGAGUCCGCGUAUUGUCCUCGCCCUGAAGCCUUUUGUCGAGAAGGAGAAUGCGGAAGUGAGAUUGGCUGCUAUAAACUCCUUGGGCGCCAUUGCCCGCGGAUGGUCAAUAUCCGUUUCUACUCCUAAUGAUGAUAUAUCAGAUCAUUUGCUUGGUUGUUUGCCUUGCCUCAUUAUCAAACUGGAAGAUCCAAAUCCUGCAGUAUUUCAAGCAGUACGAGAGACUCUUUAUCAUUCAGCUAAACUCUUACAGUGCGAACCCCUGGCUGUGUUGAUAAAUGGAUAUUAUGAAUCGAAGAAUAAUACAGGCAAUGCAACAGAGGAGUUUUUACGUCAAUUAAUUCACUGUCUGCAGGAAGAAUUACCCCAGAGGGCUGAAGAACUCAGAAAUGCGGUGAGCAGAGGAUACGUAAGAUCAGAAAAUUACACCGUUAGAGCCACAUCCGCCUCGAUUUUGGGAUUAUUCGGACAACCAAGACCAGAAGACAUUCAACGAUUAUUACAACUGUUGCGUGAUAAGGAAUGUAAUAUCAGAUCUCGUGCUGCUCGAGCGCUUUCAUUAUGCUUCACGCAACAAUAAUAUCGUAAUUAUCUGCAGUGAAUGAUACAAGUUAUGAAUAUGCAAAAGUAGAUUUUAUUACGUGACCUCUGUGUUGGAAGACACAAAGCUGUCAGUUGCUUUUUAAUUUCAUGAAAAUCAAUUACAUCCUGUCGCGAAUUAGUUGGCUUUUACACUCGUGAGAGGAAUACUUUACUCUGUACAUGAAAUGAAAUUAGUUGAGGCUUGGUGGAGGAGUUUAAUAUUAAUGAAAUUGUUUUAAGAUGA